AAUGCGCAUGCGUUGCCACGUUGUCGGCCAUAUUGUUGCAGACGGUCGUCAACCGAUAUUUAGAAAUUGCUUUUCUACUCUUUUAUCAUAAUUAAUGGGUGGUUCUCAGAGUUCACCUGUUCCUGGUGGAGGAACAGAAGGUUAUCAUGUUCUCCGUGUCCAAGAAGGAUCUCCUGGUCAUAAAGCCGGUCUAGAGGCCUUUUUCGACUUUAUCGUAGCUAUCGGAAAUCACCGAUUAAAUCAAGAUAAUGAUUCACUACGGGAGCUAUUGAAAAAUAAUGUUGACAAACCGGUUAAAUUACUAGUUUAUAAUAGCAAAAUACGGAGUUGUCGAGAAUUAGAUUUAAUACCUUCUCAUAGUUGGGGUGGUCAAGGUUUACUCGGCGUAAGCAUAAGGUUCUGUUCAUUUGAGGGAGCAAAUGAAAAUGUUUGGCAUAUUUUAGAAGUUCAACCAAAUUCUCCAGCAAGUGCUGCAGGACUAAAGUCAUUUACGGAUUACAUUAUUGGUGCAGAUACCAUACUCCACGAGUCAGAAGACCUGUUUACUCUGAUUGAAAAUCAUGAGGGUAAACCCUUGAAACUUUAUGUUUAUAAUACUGAAAGCGAUUGCUGUCGAGAAAUUACUAUAACACCAAAUGGAGCUUGGGGUGGAGAAGGGUGUUUAGGCUGUGGAAUUGGCUACGGUUAUUUGCAUAGAAUCCCAAAAAGUGAGGAUAGCAAGCCAAAUAUUUUACCAAGUGGAAUUGAAAGUUCAAUGCCCCCACCACCCGUCUUAAAAGAUGGUUUUGCAAAUGUUCCAUUAGACUUGGCAACUGAAACAAAAGCCUCUGAAAUUGUGAAUACUAUCAUUGCUACUACUAAUUCAACUGCUUUAUCUCCAACUACUAUGACUACAGUAAGUUCGAGCUUACCGCCUCCAUUGGCUCCAACAAUUCCAACUGUUAUGCCAGACUUAUCGGAUUCAUUAAGAACGAAUCAACCGAAUGUCACUAGUUCUCCAGCGACUCUACCUGAUUUUAGUCAAGUAGUACCAUCACCUCUUCCUGUUGGUGUUCCAGGUGUAUCUCCGACGACUAAUUUUCCCACAGCAGUUACAAUACCAUCUACCUUAGCUCCUGGUGCUGGUACUCUUUCAUUGCCAGCAGGAAUGCCGCCAAUAGAACCAGUAGAUGUCGCAUCGCUUGCGGCUCAGGUAUCAAACACUCAGAUAUCUCCAUUAAACGAACCGAAGACAGCACUAAAUGAAAUUAGUUCUACUCCUGUUAAAGCAGAAGGAAGUUAA